ACCCCUACCACGUAAUCCCAACGACACCAUCCCCCCGUUUAAAUCCACUCCACCGGCGCACACCACUUAAACACACUGUCCUCCGCUGCUGUCCCGUCCCCUGCAGGAGAGAGAAAGCCAGCAGCAGCAGCAGCAGCAGCACCAUCUCUGCUGCCUCUCGCCUGCACGGUAACAUGGUUUGCAGGGUUCGGCUGCAGUAGCCAAGGGCCACUCAGUCAGUCGCUCAGCCAGCCAGCCAGUCGGCGUGUGUGGACGUGUGUGAGUGUGUAUUAAGAAGCAGAGAGGAGAUCUCGAUCCAGCGCACAAGGAGCUCCGGAGUGAAGCGUCCAGAGCGAGCCGAGCAUCCCCCAUCUCUCCCCGGUUGUCCUCCGCGCAGGUCCCGCAGCAGGGAGACCCUACGUCCCCGGCCAAGACACUACCUCGCUGUACCGGGUGUGGAAAGCGGCCUGGCUAGUGCUAUAGUCGCUCUUGUUGUCAAGGAAACUCAGAGUCCUGUCCCGUUGCCAUGGGGAAACAGAACAGCAAGCUGCGGCCAGAGAUGCUGCAGGACCUCCGGGAGAAUACCGAGUUCUCCGACCACGAGCUGCAGGAGUGGUACAAGGGAUUCUUGAAGGACUGUCCCAGUGGAACCUUGAAUGUGGAGGAGUUCAAGAAGAUCUACGCUAAUUUCUUCCCGUACGGUGACGCCUCCAAGUUCGCUGAGCACGUCUUCCGAACUUUUGACACCAACGGCGACGGGACGAUAGACUUCCGGGAGUUCAUCAUCGCCUUGAGCGUGACGUCACGGGGAAAACUGGAGCAGAAGCUGAAAUGGGCCUUCAGUAUGUACGACUUGGACGGAAACGGGUACAUCAGCCGUGAGGAGAUGCUGGAGAUUGUACAGGCCAUCUACAAGAUGGUGUCAUCUGUGAUGAAGAUGCCAGAGGAUGAAUCCACGCCGGAGAAGAGGACAGAUAAGAUCUUCAGACAAAUGGACCUCAAUAAUGAUGGCAAAUUGUCCCUGGAAGAGUUCAUCAAAGGUGCCAAAAGCGACCCCUCCAUCGUCCGGCUACUCCAGUGCGACCCCAGCUCGGCCUCCCAGUUCUGAACCCACUCUGCCGCGACCCUUUAUUUUUUUCUCCUCACCCUCGCUCUGUUGCUAUUGAAACAGUCACUCAAAUCAAUGCAUGAUGGUUCUCAUCUCUCAUAUCAUCUUCUUCUUUAUUUUGCUGUUGUUGUGUGCAAGGAUGGAGAUGGAGGAGGAGGAGGGGGAAAAGUCGUCACUAUCAUUUUCUAUUUGAGAAGACGGAGGGACAUGGAUACAUUAAUUAUCGGUCCAGAGAGGUGCCCACUAAUGUUCCCGAAUCUCUCUCUCUCUCUCUGGAACAUCGGAUUUCCAGAGCGUGGAAGUGUGGAUGUUUUUCGCAGCGCGGGGAUCGCUCGGUUUCUCCUCCAAUGCCCAUGUAUAUCAUGUAUAUACUGUACGUCUGUGUAUAUCAUAAGAUGAGGUACGGCACACACUCUCUGUUAUCGAACAGCAGUAUUAUGUAGCGUAGCUUCCUGGUCUGAUCUGAACGGGGGGUCGGGGUAGAUUCUGGAUGGAGGGUGGGGCACUUGGGAUUUUACUGCUAUAUGAUCUUUCGCUGAGAAAAAGAAGGCCUAAGAUCCUAUUUAGUUUUUGUUGUCAUCUGCUGGCAUUUUAUUGAUUUUUGAAAUUCGAAUGCUUUUAUUUUUCAUUUGUACAUAGCGUUUCCUCCUUCGUGUUGUUUUAUUUAUUCAUUUUUAUCCUUAUUAUUGUUCUUUUACUUUGAUAUGUUGUUUAAGAUGACCAUAUUCCAGUUUACAGUGACAGAGAGAGAGAGAAAACAUGUGAGUCAAGCUUGGGAUUUGUGGAUUUGUUCAAGUGACGAAUAAUGACGUUCUAGUGAAAUAAGGGGAUCCCAUGAUGCAUUUGAUCGAUGGCACCAGUAGCACAUACCGUUCGAGCCGCCAUGUGUUUAUAAAUUACGGCUGUACAUUUGGUUCGAAUGCGUGCGCGUGCAUGUGAAUAUACACUGUAUGCUUGAGGCUAACUUUUACAGUAUUAUCAUGUUGUGUUGUUUCUUAAUUUGUAAGUAUUUUAAAGCUCUUCAACAACGAGCAGGAAACUUAAGAUAGUCGUAACUUGUCACUAUACUGCAUGAUCCGACGAAAAAUUCACUAAAACUGUUUACGCACAGUGGUAUGUUUUUGUAGCUCUGCAGCCUCCUCCGCACUGGAUCAGGCAGAAAUGAUUGAAUAUUUGUCUUGCUUUGGGACAACCCCUGCCCUCCCACCCCCGCUCUCUUUUUCCUCUCACAGACAGAGAACUCACUAAGGGCUAGUUCAUCACUCUCUAGCUGAAUGCUUUUUUCUCUGACCUCCUGGAUUAGUCUGCUUGCAGAGCAGUUAGAUGAAGGGACUUGUUUCACGAGAUGGGAGCGAGUUCAAACGCUCGCUGUGAUUUGGAGUUUUAGGGUUUACAAACUCAUGUCGCAAUCCGACUCAUGCCAGUGGCUGCAUUUACAUUCGCGCUACACCUUUAAAAUUCAGGGCACUUCUGUUUUAUCUGGUUUAUAAUUGGAAUGUCAGAGAUUUUGAAAAUUAAUAUAUCCGUCUCUUGUAGAGGAAUAAGAAUUGUGUGUUGUUGAAGUUUUAAAAUAUGGCCUUGACUGAAUGAAACAUGCAAACGUGAAUAAAGCCAAACCCUGACAUACUGUGCAAAUGUAAACAGAGCCACUGGUUGCAGCACAGCCAGCAGCACUCUCAUAUGUCACACCUUAAAGGUCCCAUUGUUAGAUCAUUAUUGCCACCUUCUGUUUUUGAGGUUAAACACACUUUCAAAUUCAGUCUGAAGUGGGUAAACAUUAGGCAGAAAAAAAAUUUCUAUACAUGUUGCACAGGAAGGUUUUACUGCAGGGCACAUUAAAUGGGAUAAGAGUUCUGUAUUUAUUCUAUAAUUAAUGUAGCUUUUCAGAGAGGAAACUCCAUUAUAUAAAGCCUAAUCAGUGUAGUUUAAAGCAUCAGUUUUACCUUUAUAAUUAUGUUGUUACCAGAUAUUUCACUACCUCGCACAUUGAAUUACUGUGUGCAGUGGGGGCAAACUGAGCUAACAAUGAAAAUCCGAGAGCUGUUCCGCUGCGGCUGCGUCCAGGUGACAUAAAGAUCAAUAGAAAGUUGACUUGUACCAAACAUUUGCACAGGAGCUUCCUUACCAGCCGCACCUCUGCUUUGGGGAUCCUUUAGUGUCACUGCCUUCUGCUGGUAGGAUAAAGAACAGUUGCUACUCCCUGAUCUACUACAGUUGAAUCCUUUUCUAUUCUCACUGCCUCUGAUGAACUGGUACCUUGUGUUGGAUAAAUAAGCCCCGUUCUUUCUUCCUUCUUUCCUUCCCGACCCCCAUUCCUUUCCUUCCAAUUUUUUGUUGCAUGAAAACCUCAUGAGAGGAUGUCAUGUUUGUUCUGUUGAACCUGAAAUCGAAAUAUACCUAUGUGUUUCAAAGCUA